AUGGGUGGAAUUAAUAUGAAGGUUAACACUAUACAUAAGUCUUUAAUGGUUACAAAUUUAACUAGUGAUUCAAAUAUUAAUGACUUACUUAAAACUAUAUGGGAGAUAGAUAUUGAUACAAAUAGAAAGUUAACUAAAGAGGAACAACUAUGUGAAGAUAUAUAUGAAAGGACACAUGAGAGAGAUACUAAUGGAAAAUAUAUAGUUAGAUUACCUUUUAAAACUGAAAAGCUGCUUUCACCUGAAGGCAACACGAGAGAAGUAGCUGUAAGAAGAUUGUUGCAAUUAGAGAGAAGAUUUAAAAGAGAUCCAGAUCUGAAAAAGGAAUACCUGAAAGUUAUAGAAGAAUACAAAGAAUUAAAACACAUUGAAGAAGUACCUGAAAAAGAAAUAAAUAAAAAAGCUGUUUACUUACCCCACCACGCCGUUGUACGUCAAGAUAAGGAGACCACGAAGACUCGAGUUGUGUUCGACGCUUCCUGUAAAGGUUCUAACAACAUAUCAUUAAAUGAUGAACUCUUACCUGGUCCAGUAUUGCAAGAAGAUCUCAGAAACAUUAUUAUGAGGUGGAGAACUCAUAAAAUCUGUUUCGUAUCAGACAUUCAGAAAAUGUACAGAAUGAUAUGGAUGAAUAGGAAUGAUGUCGACUACCAAAGAAUAGUCUGGCGAAAUGAUCCAACUGAAAAUAUACAAGAUAUGAGAUUACUUACCGUCACUUUUGGCACAGCAUCCGCUCCAUACCUAGCUGUAAGAACACUUAAACAACUUGCUACUGAUGAAGGUCAUCAUUUUCCUGAAGCUGCUAGAAUAUUAAACGAAGAUUUUUACGUAGACGAUUGCAUGUCUGGUGGUGAUGAUUUAGAACAAUGUAUUCAGCUAAGAAAAGAUUUGACGGAACUAUUGCGAAGAGGAGGUUUUGAUCUUAAAAAGUGGUCGUCUAACAGUGCAGAAUUUUUACAAUCUUUAGAACCAAAUGAUAGAUCUACAAAGGCUCAUUUAGAUAUUAAAUUAGAUGGUAUUGUCAAGGCAUUAGGUGUUCAAUGGAAUUUGGGAACGGAUCGAUUCGAAUAUAAUUUUAGUUUAGAAUCAAUAGAUGAUGAUAAUGUUAUAAUAACUAAACGCAAUAUUCUUUCUGAUAUACAAAAAUUAUUUGACCCAUUAGGAUGGAUUGCACCUUGCAUUGUUUUAGCUAAAAUUUUAAUGCAGAAGUUAUGGCUUGAAAAAGCAAACUGGGAUGAGGAUCUUAAUAUUUAUAUAAAAGAAGAGUGGAAGAAUAUUCGCGAUGAUCUCCAGAAUAUAAAGGAUAUUACUAUAGAUAGAUGGCUUGGAACAGUAAAUACAAAUUUUGAUACAAUUGAAAUUCAUGGGUUUUCAGACGCUUCGACAUUAGCUUAUGCUGCAGUUGUUUACUGUCGUGUUAGAAAUGAUGAUGGAACUUAUAGUACAAGUCUAAUUGCUGCAAGAACAAGGGCACUUAAGACGAUAUCAUUACCUAGACUUGAACUCUGUGGAGCUUUAUUGCUUUCUAAACUUUUGAAGCAAGUAUCACAAUCACUGCGUAUACCAACAUCCAAGGUUUUUGCUUGGACAGAUUCAUCAAUUGUUAUUGCUUGGCUAUUUGGUGAACCUUCAAGAUGGAAAGCUUUCGUCGCAAAUAGAGUAGUUGAGAUAGUUUCUACAGUUAAUAAGGAACAAUGGCAUCAUGUUCAAUCUCACGAUAACCCAGCAGAUAUAGCAUCGCGAGGAAUGCUUGCUAUAAAUCUUAAAAACUGUGACAUUUUGUGGAAAGGUCCCACGUGGUUAAGAAACGAUGAACUACAACUAGAAAGACCAGAAUUUAUACAAACUGAUUUGGAAGAAAAGAAGAUACCUAUUAGGUAA